AAAGAAGAAAAUAGGAAUCCCCAUCUUCUUCUUCGCCCCCGUUCGGUCGUCGUGGACAGAAGUCAGAAGGAAGCAACCGACCAAAUCCAAUCCCAAUCCCAGAAGAGGGGAUGGUGGGCAAGGGCGAGGCCCCGGCUCCGCGUGAGCCGGAGGAGGAGGAGGACACCGGAGGCGUCGUCAAGCUCAUCAGCGCCGAGGGUUUCGAGUUCGUCGUCGAUAAGAAGGCAGCCAUGGUCUCCAACACCCUGCGCAACAUGCUCACAUCGCCAGGCGGCUUCUCGGAGACGCGCCAGGGCGAGGUCCGCUUCCCGGAGAUCUCUACCCACAUCCUCGAGAAGAUCUGCCAGUACUUCUACUGGUCGCUCCACUACUCCAGUUGCUUGUACUGCAGGUUGAAUGACUUGUAGUGGGAAGGAGACAGCGGAGUUCCCAAUUGAGCCCAAGAUAACCCUGGAUCUGAUGAUGGCAGCAAACUACCUGGACACAUGAGGUGGAGGAAGUUGAGGGAGAACUGUUGCACUGCAAUGGAUAAAAUCAUCCCAACCUCAUCGUGUUUACAUCCACUAGAUGGGAUUUUUUCUUCUUUUUCCAUGGAUCCGAUACAAUCUGAUCUGACCCGGUACUGUGUAAUGAAGACGUGUAAGCAUGGAAUGGGACAUGUAAAAUGUGUGCAAGUAGUUUUCUAAUCCACCUGCAGUGUGUAACAGCCUGCGGCUGCUGAUGCCUAAGACAUACAUCAAAGAGAAAAACAAUCUUGUAGCACCUUGUUUUGCUGUGUGACUAAUUGAAUCCUCCCUUCCCUGUAA